GUUUGUCUCCUUCGCUAAGGACGGUGCACUGCAUUACAUCCUCAUACAUAGCAGGCUACACUGCUACUACACAACACAGCACGGGUGGAGUAAGAAGUUUGAUUUUCUUUGCAGAAUUUCUUUUGGAAUGUUCUGCCACUGUACAGUACCUGAGAUGCGCGUCUCACCCGCUAAGAUGGUGACAAUAGCAUGAAUAUGGUUGCAAGCUGGUUUACACUUUUGUCACUGCUACUUAUCUGAUAUGAUGCUUUUUUAACAGAACCUACCUUUGCCAGAUUUUAUUAUUAUUAUUAUUAUUUUCUCUUGUUGCUGCAUGAAAAUGAACAGAUCGGUGUCCCUGUGCAAUGAGACCGGGUUUUACAACCUUUCCAACGGCAAGUGUCUACUCAACUGGAGCUCUGCCGGGGACGCCGCUAUGGACAACGCCACGCUCAUGCACGUCCUGCCCUGUAUAUAUGGUAUACUGUGCAUCGUUGGUGUCGCAGCUAACAGUUUGGUGAUAUACUCUGUGGCAUCCUGUAAGAAUAAAAUGGUCUCUGAUAUUUACGUGCUGAACCUGGCCAUCGCUGACAUGCUGUUCUUGCUGGGAAUGCCUUUUACCAUCCACCAGCUUGUCAGAGACCGACACUGGGUGUUUGGGAAUGUCAUGUGCAAAGCGGUGACUGUGGUGGAUGUAAGCAAUCAGUUUACCACCGUAGGGAUUGUUACAGUAUUGUGCAUAGACAGGUAUGUUGCAAUAGUCCACCCAGCCUCGGAGAGGAGGACCAUCCAGUGGACCAUGGUCAUCAAUGCCCUAGUGUGGACUGGCAGCUUCCUGCUGACAGUGCCAGUCAUGCUGUACUCCAGGACCAUCCGAGUGGGAAAGGCAGAAGUGUGCGUUCUGGACCUGCCUUCCGGCCCCAGAGACAUGUACUGGUACACCCUAUACCAGUCCACCAUGGGCUUCAUCAUCCCCCUCAUCAUCAUCAGCACUUUCUACUCUCUCACGCUCUACCAUGUCUUCAGAUCCCUCCGUAGGGUGCGCCGGAAGCAGUCCAUCUGGGCCAAGAAGGCCACCAAGACGGUCCUCUUGGUCAUCGCGGUGUUUCUGCUCUGCUGGUCGCCCUUCCAUGUCAUGCAGGUGCUCAACCUCACCGCCGUGGCCCCCACUCCUUCUUUCCUCUAUGCCUACCACAUCAGCAUCUGCCUGAGCUACGCCCACAGCUGCGUCAACCCCCUCAUGCUGCUCUGCUUCGCACAGAACUUCCAGGAGCGGCUCUGUCAGAGUAAGCAGUCCCACAAUGGCCAGCUGAGCACCUCCAAGCACACUGUGGUCAAGACUGAUGGAGGCUCCUCCGUCACAGCAGAGACUAACUAUCGGAGCACAGUUAUUUAAACAUUUUAGGUGCUGGAUGGAGUGAUUUAAGUUAUUGACAUGAAAGUGUAGCACUUUCAACUUGAACUCCUAGUUUCCUACCUCUGCCUCAGUUGUUUCUUGGUAGGUUUAUUACAUAAACAUUUAAUUUGGCCAUUGAGACAAAAAGGCAGAGACACAAUUUUCACUAGGGCAAAAAACUUUUUUUCAAUAAUCUUAGAAAACUGGGUUGAUAGUUCGGGUUUUUACAUUAUCGUAAAUUUUCUCCACUCUUUAAUUAUAACCACUGCUCAUUUCACAAAACUAGAACCAAACAACUAAAGUCAUGCAGUAUAAAUAAUGCAUCAAAGUCUCUUAAGAACUCUUAAGUUAUUCACUUGUCAGUUUUGUAACAUUGGAAUUUCCAUAAUUGAAGAUCGCAUUAAUGCUCUGAUAAUAUCACACCAGUGCAAUUAUGUUGUUGCUUUAAUCCCUAGGUAAUGUCAGGUUCAGUGGGGGCCUGAGAGGUCCUGAGAGGUCAAGAUUAAAUCAAAGUUCAUCUGAAUAUAGCACUAGGUUAACUGUGGUUGUACCUGAAUGUGUAUGCGUGUGUGUGUAAAAAUAAUCUCUGGAGUGUAGUGAAUUACAGGGUUAUUAUUUGCAUCAAUGUUUUGAUUACAUUAUAAUUUCACAAGAGGAAAGCUUAAGUGAUUUAUGAUUAAGCCACCAGAAAGCCUGAUAUGCAAAUACAACACGGAGCAAUCAAUGCAACCCAUUUUUUAAUAACAUGGGGAACAGCUUUUGUUUAAAUGAAAGGGUUUGUAAUUUUAUUUUGGGUCUCUAGCCUCUCUUUUCUGUAUUAUGUAACAAGGUUAUAUUACAAAGUUUACAACAAAGGAAGUGUUGAUGAAUGGUUCACCAGAACGCAGACGCUGCACCCCACAUUUCAAAAGACAGAGAGCAUUUAUGAUAUGCACUUUUUCUUUUGUGAGGGCUAGAGAUCAGUUAUAAGACCUAUCUAGAUAUUAUGAAUAAAUAACUCAGUAUGCAGCACAGCCUCACUCCAAAGGACCUGGAAACCUGUUUUUUAUAGACAGCCACUCAAAAUUAAAGCAGUGGUUUCUCUUGUCAAUUUGUUUUAAAGGUAACACUUUAGUUUUAGCAUUAUAAAUAACCAAUCAAAUGUGUAAUGAAGGGUAUUAUAAAAAAAUAUGAGAUGUGUAUUAAUAAUAACAGGCUAUGUCAAUACAGUGUUAUAAGAACAUGUAGCUAAGGUCCUUGACGUCUAAGAAACCUAGUAAUAUGAAUGUGUUAUUCAAAUGUCAUUGUAAUAAACUGUUAUCCUAUGUUAAUAAUUACCUGUAUGUAAAAUUAUAUAACACAUAUAUGUAUGUUCAUACAAAUGGUUCCUAAACUGGAGUUUUUCCUUGUAUAAGUCUUUUCAGGUCAGUCUCACCAAUUGUAUGGGGCUGCUUUGCAUUUGCAAUACAGUUAUUAUACACUUUUUAUUUAUUUAUUUUUUUUGUUGCCAUCACAUAUAACAGAUACCUAAACUAAAGUGCUACCCUUUAUUUUUUUUAUUUUUUACAUCCCAUUAUCCAUGAAAAGGUUGGUUUAGAACCAGUAUAGUGCUGAUAGAAAUAAGCUUUUGGAUUGAAACAUUUACGACCAGAGUAAAAUAUAUGUUUUCUAAAUAUAUUCAAAGCAAAUGCAGAACGGAAUGGAGAUGUCAAUAAUGCAACAACGUCACUGUUCAAGGGCAUCUUAGUUCUCAUCCUAAUCAAUGGUACAAUAUGGAAUGCAAUGACAAAAAAUAUUAUUAUUAGUAGUAGUAGUAUUAGUAGUAGUAGUAGUAGUAGUAGUAGUAGUAGUAGUAGUAGUUUUUAAAGUAGUUUGUAAAAAGAUUUGAAAAUUAAAAAGUUGAAAUAACUGUUUUUGAUAGUUUUUAGUAGUAGUAGUAGUAAUCUCAUUUUAUAAUAUACAUAACCAUGUUAAACAGUGUUUACUUGUAAUGGAAUAUUGUCUAUACUUGAUGCAAUGAGGUCAUUAUAUACUUAAACAAAUGCUGCAUCAUUUUUGUAUACAAAACUUGAAAUGGCCAAUGUUCAGUCAAAGAAGGUAUAGCAACAGAAACUGUGCAUGCAAGUAUGCUACCAGUACUGCAAACAGAGUGCCUGGCAUACUGCUACAACAAUCAUUCAAACCGUUUAUGACAUGCUCAUAUACAGUAACAACCUAAAUCUGCAUGGAAAAAAAAAAACAGUUUUAUACAAAAUAAACCAUGCUGUGUACAAAUACCACCUGAAGCAGUAUGAUAACCCAGAUCUGAUGGUGUAAAAUAUGAUUUGCUUGGACUAUGCAUUGUCUCAGAAUGCCUGGAGAUGUCCCUGACCAGCUAUUUAUAGCAUUACUGUCAUUACCAACAUGUGGCCAAAUCACAUUAUAACCCUGGGCCUAAUGAAUAGUGCACACAUUGUAACACAAGUGCCAGUAUUGGUUAGUUAAGUGUUUUUCAUGAAAUGUCAGCUGGGACUAUUCCAAUAGUAGAAACAGUAGUACUUUAUAAUAGAGUGACCUGUGUAGAUUGUCAUGUGAACAAAUAGACACAAAGCACACAGUACAUUAGAAAACAGUAGAUAAACAGGAAAAGACUUUUAACAUGUUUCUUUAUUUUAUUUCAACUAAUGAUACAAAAUACACUGUAUGUUCACUAAAUGCCAGUAAAUGCAUUGCAGUGCUGUUUCCACUAUGAAGUCCCUGGUUGAGAAUUUUAUGCUGGAGUGGCAUUGCAACAUACUGUAUCUUAUUCCCCUGGUCUAUUCAUUGAAAACACGUACUGAUAAAAUAAUAUGGCAUCAUGAAUGAUAAUGAUAAGUUUGGAGAAGGGUUCAAAUGGCACAGCGUCUCAUGAAAAGUACAACCAUCGUGCCAUUACAUUGUAACCCUGUCCAUACAGGAAGGAAAUAUCAUGUGUUUAGUUCCUUGGAUAUGGUUCCUUUGAAAGGUUUUUUUAUGCAGAAAUUCUUAGAGCUGCCACUCAGGAUGGUGCAAUCUUAUAUGUAAUGUACUGUAUACAGUAUCAUAUUGUGAGUAUGAUGUUAAAAUAUAUAUAUAUAUAUAUCUUAUCAAUGGACUAUAUCUUAUCAAUGGACUUUAAAUUCCCUUACCAUUGUAUUUCUGUUGUUGGUAAAAGUCAUUACAUCGCUGGCAGGAUUCAUACAGUUACAGGGUGUUGCUUUUAAGAUGUCAUUUAAAAUGUACACCCCACAAUGUGUCAUAGACCACACCCACAUGUCAUGUGAUCUUAUUAUGCUGUAUACUAUAGCAUAGAUGGAAAUUGUUCUGAUUGGAUCAAAUGAACAGGGAGAAGUAACAGCAGUAAGUGUGUUAUUGAAAUCUUGCUAUUGCUUUUUUUGUGUGUGUUUUUGUUAUGCUAAUGAGAUGCAAAGAAAAAGAUUCUUAAUGGGACAAUAAGUGUUUACAAGUCUUUAAUUAACUCUUGUUUAUUGACAGGUAAAUAAAAAAAAAAAAAGCAACUAGUAAUUUUAACAAAACUACCGUUCAUCCAGACAACCAAGUCACUUUCUGUUUGGGUCUUAUUUUAUAUUUUAAGAAAUAGGAGUUAAUGAAAGACUGUGGUAAAGUCAGUCGAUAUGUAUUAUCUCUCGAAGCUGCGCAGAUGUUGUGUAUUACAAUUGAAAUUGUUUGUAUUAUUUCUAAUUUCUAAAAUUAACAAAACAAAAUGCCAAACCUGCAAGCCUGAGUUUAUCAGCUUUAAAUGUUCCAAUAAAGCU